AUAUACACUCUCUCCUCUCUCUAUUCUCUUUGUUGCUCGAGCAUCGCGUUUAACCUCUUUGGCUGCCAAACCAUUGGUAUCUCAUACACGAGGAAGGGAGAGAGCGACAUAUCGUAAUUUUUCUUUUUUAGCUUUUGAUUUUGUUUUCUUCCGGUGGCUACAAGAGCGAAGCUUUCUCUGUGGAGAUUCUUCUCUCUUUCUCCGGUGAACACUCCGGCGCCUCUCCUAUCUUCUCCGGCGAAAACUCCUCCUUGUCGCGUUUUAUUUCAUUCUGAAAAAACUGUGAAGUUCGCUUUGGAUCGUCGAGUAAUGUGAUCCGGUCUACAAGGGUUCCGAGCUUAUUUUGCUGCCGAAGACAGAAUUUUUCUUUUCCGGGAAAUAAAAGGGUAAGGACGAUGAAGAGAGGUAGAGACGAGGUUUACAUGGCAGCAAAGAUUCCGAGGCCUGCGGUUUCAUCUCGAGGAGAAACCAAUGGGCAGCCUCAGACAAUGGGUGGGGCAGGAGGAAAUAUGGGAAAGCUGACUACAAGUGAUGCUCUAUCGUAUCUCAAAGCUGUUAAGGACAAGUUUCAUGACAAGAAAGAGAAAUACGACACCUUUCUCGAAGUCAUGAAGGACUUCAAAGCACAAAGGAUUGACACUCAUGGUGUUAUAGCAAGAGUGAAGGAUUUGUUCAAGGGUUAUCAGGAACUGCUUUUAGGUUUUAAUACCUUCUUGCCCAAGGGUUAUGAAAUAACCCUUCCGCUUGAUGAUGAACGACGUAAGAAACCGGCAGAUUUUGGAGAAGCUAUUAAUUUUGUUACCAAGAUCAAGGCAAGGUUCCAAGAUGAUGACCGUUCAUAUAAAUCAUUUCUAGACAUCUUGAACCUGUAUAGAAAGGAAAGCAAGUCCAUUUCUGAGGUCUAUCAAGAGGUUACCAUAUUAUUCCAGGACCAUGAAGAUCUGCUUGAGGAGUUUGCGCAUUUUUUACCCGAUUCUUCAGGAUCUACUUCUACUUUAUUUUCUCUUUCUGGAAGGAAUGCAGCACCGCGUGAUCAGAGUUCUGCUAUGCCCACCAUGCAUCAAAAUCAUUAUGAUAAGCAGAAAAUAAGACCAUUGCAUAAGGUUGAAGAUUAUUCAGAACACUCUGAUCAAGGAGAAGCAGGUGAUGAGAACAUUGUGGCGUGCUCGGGUAAUUCUCUGGCAAAAUCCCAUGUCAAUGAAGGACAAUGGUCUAGGACUUUGAAGGCUGACGACAAUGGAGGGAUUCAAGAUUAUGAAAAUAAUGGACACCAAGAAAGGGGUCUUGACAAUGGGCAUCAAGAAACUGAAAGAAGUGCAGCUUCUGGCAGUAAAGACAUUGGAAGCCACAAAAUUCCAAUAUCUACUAGCAAGCAUGUGGCAAAACCAAUAAAUGAACUUGAUCUCUCGGACUGUGCACAAUGUACUCCCAGUUAUAGGCUCUUGCCAGAUACUUAUCCCGUUCAGAUUCCAAGCCACAGGAAUGAAAUUGGUGAUGAGGUACUUAAUGAUCGUUGGGUAUCUGUCACCUCAGGGAGUGAGGAUUACUCGUUUAAACAUAUGCGGAAAAACCAGUAUGAAGAAAGCCUCUUUCGAUGUGAGGAUGACAGGUUUGAGCUGGACAUGUUGCUAGAGUCUGUCAAUGCAGCCAUCAAGCGCGUGGAAGCACUUAUAUUGAAGAUCAAUGACAACACAAUCUCUACAGAGACUCCCAUAUGCAUCAGAGAACAUUUAACAGCUCUGAACCUGAGAUGUAUUGAGCGGUUAUAUGGUGACUACGGACUUGAUGUCAUGGACUUUUUAAAGAAGAACGCUCAUGUUGCUUUGCCUGUGAUACUAACUCGUUUGAAGCAGAAGCAAGAAGAAUGGGCAAGGUGUCGUUUUGAUUUCAGGAAAGUAUGGGCUGACGUUUACGCUAAGAAUCACCACAAAUCUCUUGAUCAUCGUAGUUUCUAUUUCAAGCAGCAGGAUUCUAAGAAUCUGAGUACAAAAGGUUUAGUGGCAGAGAUAAAAGAUAUCAAUGAGAAGAAGUAUAAAGAUGAUCUGCUUCAUACUUUUACAGCUGCGACUAAGUCUUCUCUUACUCCAGACCUGGAGUUCAGUUAUUCUGAUCCACAAAUUCAUGAAGACCUAUAUCAGCUAAUCAAUUAUUACUGUGAGGAGAUAUGUGCUUCUGAACAGUCAGAUAAAGUAAUGAAAAUAUGGAUAACAUUCUUGGAGCCUAUGUUUGGUAUUCCUUCGAGGCCUCGAGUUAAUGACAGUGUCACUGCUGCUGUCGAGUCAAAAGAACAAAACCUAGAAAGCCAUGAUCCAUGUGCAAGGCUGAAGGAGGGUAACCUUCAUGAAAGUUCUUCUGCGAAAUAUUCUAAACAUUCAACAUCUCCAAGGGAGUCAAACAAAGAAAGUCUAACACUGAAACAGGGCUAUCUUGAUCGAGAUGUCAUGGCCCCUAUAGGAGAAGUUACUCAGCAAGAUAAGGUUCAGAGUGAUGCAGUUAUGACUAAUGAGGAUGGCCAGUCUUCAAAUCCGGUUUCCUCCAGAGAUGAUCCAAUAACAGAAGGCCUAAAAAAUCACAGGCUUAAUGAAGCACCAGCGAGAGAGCACAAGGUUGAGCGGGAAGAGGGUGAAUUAUCUCCUGCUGAUAGUUUUGAGCGCGACAGUUUUGAGGUUUAUGGAGAGAGUAGUCUAGAGCCGAUGCAGAAAGUAAUUGACUAUGCACAAUGCAAUAAAUACCAUCAAAGAUUUGAAGUAGGUUCCGAUGAGAACAACGGUAUUACUCAUAAGUCAUCGGAAGAUAAUAAGAAUGCAACUAAGUUGGUUGGCGAAGAUUCUUCCCCUGAAGAGCAUAUAGUAGGUAUGAACCGAGAUGAACAUGAUAAUGUGUGUGAAAGUGAAAACGAAGCUGUUGAGGGGACUAAUUCCCAUGACGGUGAAGAUGACCCACCGUGCAAAUUUUCAGAUCGGUUUCUCAGACCUGUGAAGCCCCUUGCAAAACAUGUUUCUACGGAAUUGCAAGAUAGUGAAAGCAACUCCCGAAGUGAUUCUCAGUUAUUUUAUGCAAAUGAUUCCUUCUAUGUGCUUUUUAGGCUUCAUCAAAUGUUGUACGAGAGAAUACAAUCAGCGAAGGUACACUCGGAAAAGAAAUGGAAGGCCCCGGAUAACACAACUCCUUCCGAUGCUUAUUCCAGGUUCAUGGAUGCCCUCUAUAGCUUACUCGACGGAUCUAGCGAUAAUACGAAGUUUGAGGAUGAAUGCCGAACUAUUAUCGGAUCUCAAUCAUAUGUCCUUUUCACACUGGACAAACUUGUUCAGAAGUUUGUUAAGCAUCUUCAUGCAGUUGCCACCGAUGAGACAGACACCAAGCUUCUGCAGUUGUACACAUACGAGAAUUAUAGAAUGCCCGGGAGAUUCUUUGAUGUAGUUUACCAUGAGAAUGCCCGUACUAUCCUCCAUGAUCAGAACAUAUACCGAAUUGAAAAUUCAUCGAGACAAAAUUGCCUCUCGAUUCAGCUUAUGAACGGUGGUCACGAUAGGCCUGAAGUUACGGCUGUAACCUUAGAGCCAGGUUUUGCACAUUAUCUGCAGAAUGACUUGCUCUCACUUGUUUCUGAAGAAGAGAAGUCCGGACUAUUUCUGAAGAGGAACAAACAGAAACUAAUUGGUAAAGGUGGAUCUUCCGGAAUUUCUCUGGCAAUGGAAGGAGUGAAGAUUAUUAAUGAGAUGGAGUGUAGGAUAACUUGCAGUUCUUCCAAGAUAAGGUAUGUACCAGACACGGAAGAUCUUAUAUACAGAGGCAAAAGAAGAAAACCAAACCCGGAUGGGACGUGUCUUAAGGAGAUGAAGACAUCAAGUAACAGUGAAAUCACCCGACUGAGAAGAAUAGCUCAUUUUCACAUAUUGCUCAACUGCAGAAUGCUUGCCUUGCCUUGAAAAAGCCCAAGUUCCCAAGUUUCUGGUGAGAUUUUGGCUUAUAACACCACACAGAGAGAGGAGAGCAGAAGUCUUGAAGUGCUUCUUGGAUCAUAAUGGCUCAAGAGAUUCAUAAUUAUAUAUAUAUAUAUGCAUUGGAGCCAUUUAUUUUGGUGUAUAGUUUUAACAUUUCUAGUGACAAAUACUAAACUCUGGAGAUUCCGUAAUCCAUUCUUUCCACUGUGUGUUCUUGUAA